CCUUGUCCCCUCUCAGCUGCUACUAAGUCCCGUAUCUCUGUGCCUAUAUAUUCAGGGGCCAAGACACCAUCACUUCAUCAACAAACUCACAGACCAAAGCAUUUCUGAGCCAAAAACCUGAGAACCAAGAACACCCAGCCAUGACCAUGAUCCACCCCAAAAGGCUUGCUCAGUUGGUGAGGAAGUGGCAAAGGGUCAAGGCGGCAUCGAGAGACGACGAAGCAUGCUGCACGACAUCGCCGGUCGCAGAUAAAGGUCACUGUGCCAUGUACACAGACGAUGGGAGGCGGUUUGAGGUCCCGUUGGCGUAUCUCGGCACGACAGUCUUCGGCGAGCUGCUAAAGAUGUCCCAGGAAGAGUUUGGGUUCACACGUGACGGCAGGAUUACGCUGCCCUUCGAUGCGGUAGUGAUGGGCUAUGUUAUGUGCUUGCUUAGAAGAAAUGCAUCGGAAGAAGUAGAGAGGGCGCUCCUAAGCUCUGUAGUGAUGCCUUGCCAGUAUCCAAGCUGUACAGUUCCACAUGCAGCGCUGCACCAGCAGCUUGCAGUUUGUAGCUCCUGAAUAUAUGCAGAUUUUUUGUCCCUCAUUGUUCUC